ACAAAGUAAAGGUUUUCUGGCAGCAACUCGACCAUGCAGUCCAGCUGCUCUCAGUCUUUACUUGACUGUACUAAGAGAUACCGGCUUCCCUCUGUUCACAUUAAUCACAGCCCUCAGACCUCUGCAGUCAUCUUCCAAUUUCUUUUGCACAUCACAACUAAGUGUUGAUCUUCAGCCUUUAUUGUCACUUUUCUUGCCCCAGACUGUUUCCGGCCACUGUUGCUUCAUGUCACACUUUUUUUCUGUAAACUGUAGGUCACUCCAUGCUUAGAAACAUUCAGCUUUCUGGCUAUUUGAUGAUGAGAGAACCCUUCUUUACUCAAAAUUUUGAUUUGAGCCCACUGUUCAAUUGAUAGUUUAUCUUAAUUUUAACAAUCGAAUUAAUCUUAAUAUAUUGUAACUGCACAAUAUGUAACUACUGUUGAUAUACUGGCCUAUAUUUUUGUCUGUUGUGCAGUUACCGUGACUGGUAUUUUCAUUCUUCUCUUUUAUAGUUUUGUUUUCCUCUGUAUCGCAUACUUCCUUCAGCACAAUCCAGGAAGAAUUUCACUACACUGUAGUACAGUGUGUGAUUGUGUAUGUGACAAAUAACAAUGUGAAGCUUGAAAACUCAUCAGGUGUGUUGGCUCAGUUUCUCCACAAUGCUUGUGCUUCAAACUGAUGUGCAGUGAGCUCAGGUAAAGGUGUGAGCAGCAGUCAAGGUCCGUUCUGUCAGAUCAGGUUCUGACCCGGAAUAACAGACCAUAUUGCAGAACUUCCAGGAAAGCUUUGGACGGACUAAGAGGUGACACCUGGGUGAUUUGUGAGGCCUAUGACUCCAUGUUGAUCAUGCAGAGGAAAGACCAGUGUCUUCGUUUCCACAACCUUAAUACCUCCCAGCCUGCAGCUCCUCCUUAGUUAGUCCUUUGCUUCUUUGCAGCUCACGACUCGGGCCCGACUUCACAUCUUUACAAAGUGGGUAUAAACGGCAUCAAACUGCGUCAUAAUUCUGAAACUGUACUGCUGGAGACCCACUGAGAAUGAACAACACAAUAAACCAUAAUGAAGAGUUCCAGUUAAAAUUCUUGCCCCCAGUUUUUGGACUGGAGUUCUGCACUGGCUUGCUUGGGAAUGCUUUUGCCCUGUGGAUGAUGGUGACGCGAGAGCGUCGGGACUGGCACUCAGGCGUGGUCUUCUCCUGCAACCUGGCCAUCAGUGACCUGCUCUACAUCUUCACACUGCCCAUGCUGCUUAUCUACUACAUGAGGAACAAGGACUGGACUUUUGGCACAGCUGCCUGUAAGACUGAGCGCUUUCUCUUCACCUGUAACCUGUACGGAAGCAUCUUCUUCAUCACCUGCAUCAGCCUCAACCGUUACCUGGGCAUCGUUCACCCCUUUUUUGCCCACCGCCACGUGCGACCCCACCACGCCAAAGUCACCAGUCUGCUGGCGUGGGUAGUGGUGGCACUCAUGUCCUGUCCUGUCCUCCGCUUUGCUCACACAUGCAAAAAGUUCAACACCACAGAAUGUGUCUCCUACUGCUUUGUGGAGGACCAGAGAGCUCAUUUCACAUACAGCAUCUUCCUGGCCGUAUUUGGAGGAUUGCUGCCCUUUGUAGUCACCCUGGUGUCUUAUGGCGCCAUCAUGUGGGUGGUGUGGAGAAAUCAGAAUAUUACAGCGCUCGAGAAGAGGAAGGUGGCGUUAUUGGUGGUCUCGGUGCUGCUCCUCUAUGCCGUGUCUGUAAUACCCUACCACAUCUUCCGCAACUGGCACCUCCACCAGAGGAUGCAUGAUAUAAACGUGACCAAAGUUUGGGUCUAUAAGGCUUACCAAGUGACCAAGGGGCUGGUGACCCUCAGCAUGUGCAUUCACCCCAUCCUUUACAUGGCCGUGUUCGACAGCAUCCGCACUGCCUGCUGUGGGAGCACUGGGUAGUGCUGAGGCGAAUGAUAAUGAAUUGUAUAUACCUUCAUAAUACAUUCAUAAAGUAUCAUAAACACAGUUAUAACUAUUUAUAAAAAGGCAUACAUUAUAGCCCUGAUUAUUAUGCAUUAUGAAUGCUCUAUGAAACUCAUCUAUAAUGCACUA